AUGGCGGCCAUGAGGGCCGAGCGAGGAAACGGAGCGGGAGUGCGAUCGGCACAAUCGGUGAAUGUUGAGACUGUUCAUUCAGUGAAUGGAGAAGAGAGUAACCCCGCCACUCAGGAAGAUGGAACAAGGGAGGCGACUAAUGCUUCCAGACUCAACGGACGGGGUGGAAGAGGCAACGGACAGGGUGAAAGAGGUGACAGACGAGGUAGAGGUGGAAAUGGACGAGGGAGAGGAGGAAAUGGGAGAGGUAGGGGUAGAAAUGGGCGAAACGGAGGUGGCAGUGGACGUGAUGAAGAGGGGAAUUUAUAUGACCAAAGUGCUCAGGAUGAAGAACAUCGGGAGGCGUCUGAAGCACAAACGAACAACUCGAUUAGGAUGAAGGACUCCACCCUUUUACUGCCCAUGUUAUGA